UGGUCUAAUAAUAUCACACCUGCCACAAAUUUGAAUUGCACUUGCCCUGUAGAUUAUUUAUCAUGCCUUGUUCCUGGAAAUGUGUCCCCACUCCUUUUUUUUUUUUGGUUUCUUUAAAUGAGCAAAACGGGGUGGGGUCUACUUUGCAUAACCCCACCCUCCCCCCACCCUUUUUCCCAGGCAUAUCUGAGCCAGCUCCAAGGCAGUGACUCAGACUGUCAGUGGGAGCCGGAGGACUUCGAGGCCUGACUUGCACCCUGCGCCCAGUAUGGAGACCCCCGGGCAGCGCCGGGCCACCCGCAGCGGGACUGGCACCACGCCGCUGUCACCCACCCGCAUCACGCGGCUGCAGGAGAAAGAGGAUCUGCAGGAGCUGAACGACCGCUUGGCCGUGUACAUCGACCGCGUGCGGUCCCUGGAGUCGGAGAACGCGGGGCUGCGGCUCCGCAUCACUGAGUCGGAGGAGGUGGUGAGCCGCGAAGUCUCGGGCAUCAAGGUGGCCUACGAGUCCGAGCUGGCUGAUGCCCGCAAGACCCUGGACUCGGUGGCCAAGGAGCGGGCGCGGCUGCAGCUGGAGCUGAGCAAGGUGCGGGAGGAGCACAAGGAGCUUAAGGCGCGCAAUGCCAAGAAGGAAUCGGACCUGCUGUCCGCCCAGUCCCGCCUCAAGGACCUGGAGGCACUGCUCAACUCCAAGGAGGCUGCACUCACCACCGCCCUGGGUGAGAAGAGGAACCUGGAGAAUGAAGUCCGGGAGCUGAGGGCACAAGUAGCCAAGCUGGAAGCUGCCCUGAAUGAGGCCAAGAAGCAGCUACAGGAUGAGAUGCUCCGGCGUGUGGACGCUGAGAACCGGCUGCAGACACUCAAGGAGGAGCUGGAGUUCCAGAAGAACAUCUACAGCGAGGAGCUGCGGGAGACCAAGCGGCGCCAUGAGACACGACUGGUGGAGAUCGACAACGGGCGGCAGCGGGAGUUUGAGAGCAAGCUGUCCGAGGCGCUGCAUGACCUGCGGGCCCAGCACGAGGCCCAAAUCAACCUCUACAAGGAGGAGCUGGAGAAGACCUACAGUGCCAAGCUGGAGAACGCCAAGCAGUCGGCAGAGAGAAACAGCAACAUGGUGGGUGCCGCCCAUGAGGAGCUGCAGCAGUGCCGCAUCCGCAUCGACAGCCUCUCGGCUCAGCUCAGCCAGCUCCAGAAGCAGCUGGCAGCCAGGGAGGCCAAGCUCCACGACCUGGAGGACGCGCUGACGCGGGAGCGGGAUACCAGCCGCCGCAUCCUGGCCGACAAGGAGCGGGAGAUGGCCGAAAUGCGGGCACGCAUGCAGCAGCAGCUGGACGAGUACCAGGAGCUGCUGGGCAUCAAACUGGCCCUGGACAUGGAGAUCCACGCCUACCGCAAGCUGCUGGAGGGCGAGGAGGAGAGGUGUGGGCACCUGGCGCUGGGGGUGGGGGCGUGGACAAAGUAG